AUGUCUCCAACUCCCUUCCUCCGUCUCUCAAACAUCACACGUACACGCAUCUCCCUCACCCCACGCACACUCCUCUCCCAGCAACCCCCCAUUUCCCUCACCACCCGCCCCUUCACCAGCACACCCAUUUCUCCGCUGCCCCGCAAAGAUUCCCAACACAAAGACAGCAUCGACACGACGGCAACCGAAUACUCCAAAUCCGGGAGUGACGAUGCUGCGGCGCGCGAAGAAUCCGCCGCUUUCGAUCCGUCCAUUACGUCUCCUGAAGCGGAGAAAGCCGAAGCGGGGAAAGGGGGAGACGGUAAUCCGUUGGAUGUGAGUCCGGCGAAUCAGGAGGUGAGUAAGCCGAGGGGGGAACAGGAGGGAGGGGCGGAGAGGAGCCCGGGAGAUAAGAAUGUGAGUGGGAGGAAGGGAAGUGGGUUUGGGGGGAAAUAG